AUGCCAAUCCACGUAUUUCUGGCUGCUUUGACAGCGGUCGCCGCUGUGAGAGGUGCAAAACAGGCAUCUUCCAAUGGAGCAACUCCAGGCUAUAAAUCAUGCGAUGAUGAGCGCGCAGUCUGUGAAGGCGCGUCCAGCUUGGUGUCCCUGAACUGGGGAAUGUUCGGAAGGCGUGACCAUCACGUCACUUCCUCACCUAGCUCCUCGACGACCUCGGUGGCUACCCUUGCUCCCACCUCUGCUCCUACCACACAAUCAAUACACUUGACGACCAGUUUUCAAGUUAUUGCAGAACAGAUGUCCAAGGCCAAGUGGGACAAAAUGUCAUGGGGUCCGCCCGAUGCAAACGGCAAGCGUGCCACUUUCGCACUAGGCGGCGCCAUGAUCAACGGCCUGCUGUACAUUGCGGCUUUUGUCCAGGGGUCGGUGGAUGGUCAGGACAACUGGGUCGACUUCGCAAAGGGCAUAGGCACCUGCCUCGGGCAGGCGGCCAUGGAAAUUCCUGAUGUCGGUCCUUUUCUGAGCCUUGCGAUCACCUUCGGUUUGUCCCUCUUUGGAGGCUCUUCCAACGUUAUGCAAGCGGCUUUUGAAAAGCUGUACGAGACCAUCAUGAAGAAUGUGCGAAAGCUCAUCACAAUGCAAGAGGUGAAAGAAGCCAUGCAAACCACUGAAGACAGACUGGGCAAUCUGAUGAAGCUGCUGUACAACAUACCAAUAGACAUCGGACAGAUUGCUGGCGUCCCAGGCACAGAAGCAGAUAAGGAAAACCAGUACUGGCAUGCCUUGAAUCUCAAGCUUCAGUUCUUCGAGGGCUCGAAUGCCCAAAUCUUUGGAGCUCAGGUGGGCUGUGUCGGGUCAGACGGCACGACGCCCCUGCAGCCCAGUGAUCAGAUUCAGACUACGGAUAUUUCGAAGCUCACCGAGUGCCAACAGUACUGGGCCCAUGGUGCUUUCCUGCCUCAGCUCCAUUUCGUGAUGAUGCAUCUGCACCUCAGGGCCCAAAUGGCCUUCCUGGCUUCGGAUGCAGCGGCGAAAAGGCAACAGCUGCAACGGCUACGCGAAGUGGCUGGAGUGUAUGUUCCACUGCUAAAGGAUUCGUAUAAUGGCUUGCUCAUUUGGACAGAAGGGGACGUUGGGCAAUGUCAUUGGAAGUACCCUGCAAACUGGUCGGAGGUUUGUCCGCAAUUCAAUCCGAACACAGGGCAGUGGUGCCAAGGGCCGUUCGAUGACCUAUAUUUUCCGCCUGCGAUGUUUCAAGCUAAUCCAGAUGUAAGCUGCCUCACAGGUUGCAAGAGCUUCAGGGAAUCUGAACACCCUUAUUCCAACGCCGAAAACUUCUGCUCGGUACAACAGCAAGGUCGGGGUGCUGCGACGCUGGGUCCCUGGGAUCUCUGCAGCGAAAAAGAUAUUGGGUUGGCCACACGCAUCAAGACCGCAGAGCUCAAAGCAAUGUUCCACCCAAUUCUUGAGAAGUUGGAGAAGUUCGCAGAGAACAAACUUGGAUACACUUCGUCCGAACUUCUGGACUGGAUCCAGAAUCAUGCGCAGGCACCCGUGUCUACGCCAGCCGGUGAGGCCGGAAACUUCUGCGAGAAGUUCUGUUUUUCAAUCCAUGACACCAUGACCGAGGCGAAGGGCAAGAGUUUGGAUCAGGCAAGGGUUUUGUAUGACAAGCUCCAUUGCUCAGAAACCUGCUUGAAAGCGAGUGCGCCAGUGGACACGAGGUGCAGUUGCAGAACGGACGCAUGCCCAAUCAUUCUUGCUAACUUUAGCAGGUCUUUAAACGAAUCUUUCGAUGCCGGGGACUGGUGGCAGACGUUCUUCUUCCCAACGAUCGAGGAACCGGGGUGGGCUCAAACCUGCAACCAGUCUUGCAAUGCGUUCCCGCAGCAGAUAGUUCCGUCGCCCUGA